UCUACAGUUCCAGCGCUCCAGCGAGGAUGACCGUCUGUCACUCUACCAGUCCGGGUCAGGGGUCAGGGUCAGGGUUCGGGUUCCGCCGCUCUACCAGUCCGGGUCAGGGGUCAGGGUUCGGGUUCCGCCGCUCUACCAGUCCGGGUCAGGGGUCAGGGUCAGGGUUCGGGUUCCGCCGCUCUACCAGUCCGGGUCAGGGGUCAGGGUCAGGGUUCGGGUUCCGCCCCUCUACCAGUCCGGGUCAGGGGUCAGGGUUCGGGUUCCGCCGCUCUACCAGUCCGGGUCAGGGGUCAGGGUCAGGGUUCGGGUUCCGCCGCUCUACCAGUCCGGGUCAGGGGUCAGGGUCAGGGUUCGGGUUCCGCCGCUCUACCAGUCCGGGUCAGGGGUCAGGUUCCGUCACUCUACCAGUCCGGGUCAGGGGUCAGGGUCAGGGUUCGGGUUCCGCCCCUCUACCAGUCCGGGUCAGGGGUCAGGGUCAGGGUUCGGGUUCCGCCGCUCUACCAGUCCGGGUCAGGGUUCAGGUUCCGUCACUCUACCAGUCCGGGUCAGGGGUCAGGGUCCGGGUUCCGCCCCUCUACCAGUCCGGGUCAGGGUCAGGGUUCGGGUUCCGUCACUCUACCAGUCCGGGUCAGGGUUCAGGUUCCGUCACUCUACCAGUCAGGGUCAGGGUUCGGGUUCCGCCGCUCUACCAGUCCGGGUCAGGGGUCAGGGUCAGGGUUCGGGUUCCGCCGCUCUACCAGUCCGGGUCAGGGUCAGGGUUCGGGUUCCGCCGCUCUACCAGUCCGGGUCAGGGGUCAGGGUUCGGGUUCCGCCGCUCUACCAGUCCGGGUCAGGGGUCAGGGUCAGGGUUCGGGUUCCGCCGCUCUACCAGUCCGGGUCAGGAGUCAGGGUUCGGGUUCCUCCGCUCUACCGGUCCGGGUCAGGGUCAGGGUUCGGGUUCCGCCGCUCUACCAGUCCGGGUCAGGGGUCAGGGUCAGGGUUCGGGUUCCGCCGCUCUACCAGUCCGGGUCAGGAGUCAGGGUUCGGGUUCCUCCGCUCUACCGGUCCGGGUCAGGGGUCAGGGUUCCGCCGCUCUACCGGUCAGGGGUCAGGGUCAGGUUUCGGGUUCCAUCGCUCUACCGGUCCGGGUCAGGGGUCCGGGUCAGGGUUCGGCCGCUCUACCGGUCCAGGUCAGGGGUCAGGGUUCGGGUUCCGUCGCUCUACCGGUCCGGGUCAGGGGUCCGGGUCAGGGUUCGGGUUCUGUCAUUCUACUGGUCCGGGUUUGGGGUCAGGGUCCGAGUUAGGGGUCAGGGGUCGGGUUCCCUCU